AUGUCAUCUUCUAAUUUUAGUAUCUUUGGUACUCUUUUCUCUCAGAGCUCAAGAAAGCCAAAAUGGACGAGUACAAAAUAUUGCUUGAAUCAGAAGGCAUCCUGUUUCGAUAUCAGUCCUGAUGGUUCAUUUUUUUUGAUCGGUGAAGAUAACGGUCAACUCGUUACCUUAUGCAUUUCGAAUGGAGAAUUGAUAGUAUCAGAUACGUACAAACGGCAUCAGUCCAGAAUCACCGACAUUGCAUUUAAUCCAACAGCCGAUUUGAUUGCUACUUGUUCCAAUGAGAAUAAAAUUGAGCUGUCCUCAUUUCGAGCAGAUCUAUCUAAAUCAGAUAACCGGAGGAUUAGUAUGUCGAUGAACGAACCUGUACGGGCGCUUACUUUUAUGGAAGAUUUAGCCAAUCGUUCCAAUAUCUUGUUUUCCGGUACGGGCCGUCAAAUCUGUGUUACCGAUUGUUCUUCGGGCACUACAUUUCGUAUCUUGAAGGGUCAUAAAGGUAUGGUAACAGCACUUUGCACUUGGGGUGGUUGUCUAUUUGCUAGCUCAUCGACUGAUAAAACGAUCCGUAUUUGGGAUACGCGUGUCAUUGAAGCUGUUCGAGUAUUUGAUCCGCUUGUGAAAUCUGGAGGUAUAUUUUUUGAGAUGUACAGCUUUGGGAGACAAGAAAGCCAUACAGAGCAUAUCACAGUUCACAAUUCUCCUAAUAUCUUUUCACCGACAGGUGCUUUCCACGUGGAUGGCAGCGGUCAAAUUUUGGUACGUGGUGACGGAAGCGGUGAAGCGCAUGUAUAUGAUACGUCAUCAGCCAAGAAAAUUAUAAGCAAGCGGAUUACUACGCUACCAAUUUCAUGUCUUCGUAUUGCUAAUUCUCAACGAUUUAUGGCUGUUGCUGAUGAAAAGAGAAUCAGUCUAUGUGAUUUACGAGAUGUGCUUCAAAUACCUGAGUCAUCAUACGUUGCGAAGUGCUCCAGGAAAUGCCUUGUGCUCAAAUGGCAUCCUAUAAAACAGUUAUUUGUAACGCUAGAUAACGAAAGUGCCUUAAAUUUGUGGCAAUUGGAACAGGAAGAAUCUUACACAACGGACGAUUAA